ACAUCGACAUAUCAUAGCGGUAUCUCGCCUCAUUAACAAACUCUCUGCGCUUCUCCAUCAUCUUCUUUCCGUUAGAAAAUAGUUGUGUCAUUCGUCAUACGCAAUGGCAGCGCCGAGGAUACUUCUACGGAGUCGUUGUCCUUUGUCCCGGGGCAUCACGACAUCGCGCCUAUCUCGUUCAGUACUUCCAUCAAUCUCGACAACUUUCACGCAACGGAGUCUUACAUCGAGCGCAAGAUCGUGGCAAGACAUCGUCCAUACCCCUGCAACAGGACCAGAGCCCCCUCGCACAGAAUCACCUAUCGUGCCAACAGAGUAUUCUAAACGAUCGAUCGUUUUUCUCACGUUGCCGAAACGGGCAGUCAGGUCGGAUAUUGAGGCUUUAUUACGCAGCAAAGGAUGCGAUAUCAAGAGAAUCCAGCUACGACUCGAUCGCUUCACCUUCCAAAACGACACCAUGUGCUUUGUGGAGUUGGGAAGCGAAAAUCAAGUUUCAGAAGCCGUCCAAACUCUGAAUGGUUCAGUGUUCUUGAAUAAGAAAGUUGUUGUCCGGCCGGCUAAGGAAGACUUUACUUUUGGCCACCAACGCAAUCUGACAAAUAUGGUUGGCGGGUCCCGCUACUUCUACCAGGAGGGAACUAGUGCUUACGAAGCUGGGCGGCCCCUCAUUGAAGGCCGCCGCAUGAUGCUAUGCGUUCAAACUCCCGGUUGGGGCGCAAAGGAUAUGGUUGUUAGCACUCGCAACAAGAAUGCCAUGAGCAUUAUCGAUCAGUACUUUGGAAAGUAUGGCAUUGAGACGCUCGGAGCCCUUCACAACUUCUACGGCGACAAGAAAGAAAACCCUCGUCUGCUUUGCUUCCUGGACUUCAAGACGAAGGAGGGCGCCGACCAAGCUGUAGCGGAACUCCAUGAUACUGAGAUUGAGGGCCGAAGAACCUGGCUCAAAAUUUCCGAACCUGCUCCUUGGAGGGCUCACCAAAUCGGAAAGGUGGAUGAGGCGCUGCUCACCGAGUUGCAGGAGAAGGGUCUUGCGCCUCGGGAGACGUAUAAUGACAAAUUCCUCACUCCAAAGAAGAAGACGUUAUCCGCUGAAGAAAAGGGGAUGUAGGAGGUGCUCAGCUGAGAGCCCUGUCUGUUGCUGGUGCGCCUGGAGUUGAUUAUACUUGUACACACAUGUUUGAUUGUAUUGCAUACAGGCGCAAAAGAACAGUGACCUUCACGCUUUGGCUCUGUGUCAUAAAGGCGUAUAUUGAGUCAGGGCUUUGUACACUAGUAAAAGAACAUGGGACGUUUCCAUCGACGAACCAUGUCAAUCAGAACAUGUCUUUGCUCGCAGGAUGCUUCGACAGUGAUACUAAGCGGAAUUUGUAGGUGAAUUUGUUCGUUGCUACGGAAUACCAGAGUUUGAUGGAGGUCAAAAGAAAUCUUAUAGACGAAAUCGACGGCCUGAAGUUCACAGUUUCGAAAUGCAUCACUACCUUUGUAC